AUGGCAAGCCUUGUUGCGGACGCUGAUUGCCACUCGAUUAUGCAACCAUCGCUAUCUUCUUUUCCUUGGCGUUAUCAACUAGUAAUCCUUGAGCAGCCUAUUCAUUCACGCAUGUGUGGCGUCGGGGAAAGAGUUGAUCGAAGACCCAUUGAUCCUCCACCAAUCGUACAGCUCAAGAUCCUCGGCAAUGACUACAGUGAAGCAAUGAAUCGUUUACAUGCCAUCUCGCCUCACAUUUUCCUGGCCGCCAUGUUGGUCCCUGCCAAUGAAUUACAUGAAGGAUCCUUUCAACCAAAAAGUAACGUCGAUACCACAUUCCACAAUAAGCUCACCAUUGGAAGCAACGUAUCAUCAAUGCACAUGUUACGCGGACUAGAUGGCAAGGAAGGUGCUUAUUUUGUGUUUCCCGACAUGUCGGUUCGUGAUGAGGGAAUAUAUAGAUUGAACAUGUGCCUUUUCGAAAUCCAGCAAUCCUCGGUAACGUUUCUCCAAUCCACCGUAUCUGAUUCAUUUGCAGUGUAUUCGGCAAAGAAGUUUCCAGGAAUGCACAUGUCAUGUGCUCUUGCAUGUCAUUUUGCUGAGCAAGGCUUAAAAAUCCGCAUACGUAAAGAAUCGAGGAAACGGUCAGCAGCACAAAAGUUUAGGAGACUUGAUGAAUCAACAUCGGGGAUGGACCAUAAACUUGUACAACAACAAGCAACGGAUGAAGAUUAUAGCAUGGAGGAUGUUAGCCAGCUUGACGUGACCAUGAUGGGUAUGGUUGGGCAACGAGUCCCAGUGUCCAAUGUGGAAUCUGGCUUUCUUGUUUCUUCUGAGAAGACUAGUUCGGGGGUAUCAGAAAAACUUCCAGUAUCUUCCGACAUGCUGCACAAGGUCGCACCAAGUGAUCACCGCAUAUACAACCUAGGGACACAUGCAUCUUCACCGCCACCUGCAUCCGCCCACUGGAGCACAAAUGCGUGGCAUGCAGCACCUGACCUUGAGAAACGCUUGCCAGGUAUACGGAUCGCGACAACAACAACAUCCAUGGACCGCCCCGAUCACCAUUACAUACCCAGCAUAACAGUAUUACCAAAUCCAACUCAGAUGAAUGAUGCGCAUGAAUCCUGGAAAUCGGUAGCAUGGCAACCACGACCACCACCACAACAACAACCCCAAGAUCCAUCCUUGCAAUGGGGAAAUGAGGUACAAUCAAAAAAGGUCUCUGAAGACCCUGCUACUACUACUGUAUACGGCGCCAAGCAACAACAUCAUCCAACAGGACAAGACAUGCCGCCUAUGUUACCAUCACUUAGGGAGCAACUCAAAAGCAUUGGCGUGUCGUCUUCUUUUCAAACAACAAGAAGCAGGUGA